GAGGUGGCGCCAUUCUUUGCGCACCCGGCACCUCCGGCUUAGGGAAGGUGGAGCUGCGGAGCAGGGCGAGGACCGGGUCCGCCUCCGCCACUGCCGGGAAUAGGGACGCGCCGCGGCAGCUCCUGGGGCCAUGGAAGAGUUUCACCCCCAUAACGACGAGAUGACCUUCAAUGCUGAAGAAGCGCACAGUAUUAUUAAAGAUUGCAUAGAAGGUGUUCUGGGCAAGGCAGAUUACAAUCACGACAAUGUCAAUCAGUGGACUGCAGCUAUAGUAGAGCAAUCUUUAACACAACUGGUAAAACUGGGGAAAACGUACAAGUACAUUGUAACCUGUGCAGUGAUGCAGAAGUGUGGAGCUGGUCUGCAUACAGCAAGCUCAUGUUUUUGGGAUACCACAACUGAUGGUACCUGCACAGUACGAUGGGAAAACCGAACUAUGAACUGCAUCGUUAAUGUCUUUGCUGUAGCCAUUAUUCUGUAGCAAACUGGACAAAUCGCACUAAGUUAUGCCAAAGCCUUUAAGAACAAAACUAUCAAAUUACUUAUAGUACAUUGUAAGAAUUAUUAGAUAAAACUAUAUUUAUGCACUAAAGAGAGAGCAGGAAAUGUGCUUUUUUAAAAAAGUCUGCACUAUAUAUAUAUAUAAUAGUAAAGUGUAAUCGUUCGGCUUUGCCAGCUGGCAGCUUGCUAGAGACCAGCUGUAAAAGAAAAAGGACAAUGUUUUGAGCAUUCUAGGACUGUGGUUCUCUCUGCUCCCCACCCUGCAAGCAGUGAUGGAAAAAUUACAUAAAAAUAAGAAAAUGCAUGUUUGCCCCCACAUUACCACUGACACUUCAUACACAGCAGCUUAAGAUAAAUGUAAUCAGUAAGGGGGAAGAGAAUAUUAUUUGCUACACACAUAUAUAAUUGGUUCUGAGUUAUGAAAGUUGAUGCCUUAGAAUAGUGGCUUUAAACCUGUGUUCCAAGGAAUCCUUGCAUUCCCAUCUGUGCUGCUUCAGUAUAAUGGCCGAUCUCUGCCCCCUGAAAACUAGAGUUGUGAGAGUGUGUUGUUUGCUGUAAUGCGCACACUCAUUUGACGCAGUGCAACAGCUACAAGAUAGAGUCGCAUGCGCACAAACCAGAACAUAAUUCCAGCAUGAAUAGGUCCCACAGCAGGUGAAAAAAGUUCCCUGGAAGCUGUAAGUUUGAAAUCCACUGCUGCUUAGACUAUUAGUGUUUGUGAUUUAUAAUGCAUAGUAAAUUAAGCGGGGGGGGGGGGGGAGCAGAAAAACCCAACAAGUUGUAAAAUAAUAUUUUCAUCUUUUAGGCACAAAAUUUAUAAAGGCCAAAGUACAUACUUUUCUCAUACAGGGUAUGAAUGUCCAGCAAAAGAAUGUAUUUUUCAUGCUGUAAGACUGUGCUUAAGCUUACACUGUGGCACAAUUCUUAAGGCACAUUCAUCAAAGUAGGGAAAUUGUAUUAAAACAUUCUGCAACGUUUGGUUCGGUUAUUGGUGCACUAACAAAUAUUUGGUGCGUCAGCACAAAAUCACAAACCGGAAGCAUUAAUGUAACCUUUACAGGCAGAUAAUACAUGUGCAAAUACUUUAGGAUAUUAAAAGUUUAGCAAUGCUCUCGUGAUACCAUUUUAUUGCAUAUCUCCCAGGCAGGACCAGCCUUUGGCUAUUCAGAUUCUUGAAGAGUUGUGCUUGCUUAUUUCAAACUAUAUAAAAGUAAUGUUUCAUAUGUAGCACUUGGAAAUAGAAUAAUUUGAAAUGGGGACUUGCCUAUGUUUUAAGGUGCACUUACUUAGGCUGUAGGUAUGUUACUUACAGAAUAAUUAACUGGCUACACUCCUUACUUCCUAGUAGUGGUCAUAGCGUUAGACCAUAAAUCCUUGCUAUUUAUGUUAUUAGUUAAAAUAAUUCUACAAUCCUAUGCUUACUUGAGAGAAAAUUGCAUUGAAGAGAGUGGAACUUACUUCUGAGUAAACAUGCAAGGAAUCAACAGUAUGCUUCAUGCUUCCUAGAUCUACCUAAAUUAGAAAAUUAUCCGCUUCAGUCAAGUGGGUAAUCCAAAUAACUUGAAGAACCACCCCAGCAAAUAUUAAGUACCUUUGCAAAUACGUUUAGUAUAUGGGAUUCUAUUUUUUCAUUAAAAGUUACAUUGUUUUGCAGUUAUUUAUGUACCUAGUAGAACUUGAAGCUAUACUGUUGCAUUAAGCAUUUUUGCCUUUUGUCAGCACUGCAACAAGCUGGUUUCAGUUGCAGUUUAUGUUUAGAUUUUUUUUUUAUCAUUGCAAUGGUUUUGCUUUGAAUUACUUUAACAUUAUAAUAUGUAAAGCACCAAAGGUCUCGCUGUUUUUUGGUUAAUAAAGUUGCAUAUUUAA